AUGGUGAAGCCGUUGAGCUUCAAGGGAGAUAAGAAGGCGCCGAAAAAGCGGAAGAGGGUGGCAGCCGAGAACGAGGACGAUACUAGACCCGAGACCAAGCAGAUUGCCCAGGUCGAGCCAGAGCAGGAAGUGGACGACAACCAGUGGGUUUCCGCUGGCGAGCUGAGCGACAUCUCGGGUCCUGUCGCAUUCGUACUGCCUUCGUCGCCACCCACAUCUGUCAGUUGCGAUCAGCUUGGCAAAGUCUUUGCACAGAGUAUCGAGAAUCUCGUGGAAGGACUACCGGACAGUGCAGAGCCGCAUGAUGUGCGACAAGUGUGGAUCGCAACACGAGUCGUUGGCAGCGAGAAUAACUUUACGUUCAAAGGCCAUCAUGGUAGAUACUUGGGAUGCGAUCAAUACGGUAUAUGCUCGGCGACACGUGAAGCAAUUAGUCAGGAGGAGACAUUCAAGCUUUCAGCUGUGGAAGGUGGAGCGGGACUAUUCAACAUCGAGACCGGGCACAAGAAGUAUCUCACACUUAACGAGGAGAAGGACUCACCCGAGGUCAGAGGUGAUGCAGAGGAAAUGAAUGAGAAUACAGCGCUCAGAGUCCGAAUGCAAGCUCGCUUCAAACCCCAGCAUAAAGUGGACAAAGCAGAGAAGGUGCGAGCCAAGAUCUCACGGAAGGAGCUCGAAGAAGAAGUUGGGAGACGGUUGGAGGACGAUGAAGUCAAGAGGUUGAAGCGAGCGAGGAGAGAUGGCGAUUAUCAUGAAGCUAUGCUGGAUGUGAAGGUUAAAGGCAAGCAUGACAAAUUUGCGUGA